AUGAUCAACUCCGUCGCUCUUCUGGCCCUUGUCGCUAGCCCGGCGUUCGCCGGUGUUAUGCAGGCUCGUGGUGAGGAACACGUCCGUCCCGCCGCUCAGAGCGGUGCUGUCGAGAACUGGGGUGAGACCUGGUCCAAGCCGGCCGAGCACGUCUCGACUGAGGAGCCCUGGACCCGUCCCACCGACUCCUGGACCACCCCCAGUGCGUCGUGGACCACCCCGUGCACUACCACGACCACCCCGGUCCCGGAUCACACCACCACUCAUGAGCACCACACCACCAGCCAUGAGCACCACACCACCACCACCCCGGUGCACACUACCAGCACCAAGCCCCAUCACACCACCAGCAAGCCUCACACUCCCGUGAACCCUGGUACCACCAAGACCAUCACCAUCGUGACCACCACCUGCCCUGUCACCAAGCACACCGUCACCUCUGGUACUAGCACCUUCACUGUCCCAGAGACCCAGACUAGCACCAUCACCCUGACCAAGACCACUGUCUGCACCUUCUGCGACAAUGAGCAGCCCAUGACCUUCCACAACGCUACCGUGGCCCCCACUGCUGGCCCUACCGCUGGCCCCACCGCCCCUGUGAACCCCACCGGUGUCAUCCCCCAGUCUUCCGUCCCCGUUGUCCCCGUUGUGCCGGCUUCUUCUGUCCCCGCUGUCCCCGCCACUGAGCCUGCUGUUAUCCCCGCUCAGACCCAGCCCGCUGUUCCCGCUCAGUCCCAGCCUGCUGUCCCCGCCCAGUCUCAGCCCGCUGUCCCUGCUCAGUCCCAGCCCGCUGUCCCUGCUCAGUCCCAGCCCGCUGUUCCCGCUCAAUCCCAGCCCGCUGUUCCCGCUGAGUCCCAGCCCGCUGCCCAGCCUUCUUCCCCGGCUACCCCUGAGCAGCCUUCUACUCCUGAGCAGCCUUCUACUCCUGAGCAGCCCGCUACUCCUGAGCAGCCCUCUACUCCUGAGCAGCCCGGCUCCUCCUCCACCCCCAACGCAUUCGUCGGCGCUGCUUCCAACAUGAAGCCCGCCGCUGGCUUCCUUGCCGGUGUUGUUGGCCUCAUGGUUCUCCUGUAA